AUGGCUAUGCUGGCCUCGGGCCGCCCGUGGUUGAAGACGGGGCCGGUGGUGGUGGUUGCAUCGCGCCGAUGGCUCCAUGCGAGCCGCAAUGGGCUGGCACUCGUCAACUACUACACCAUCCUAGGCAUCCGGCCCGAGGCUUCACAGCGUGAGAUUAAAGCUGCCUACUACAAGCAGUCCAAGAUGCACCAUCCCGACGUUGCAGGCGAAAGCCCAGAGACCGCUGGCCGCUUCGCUCUCAUCAGCGAAGCCUACUCCGUCCUCUCCCAUCCCGUGAGCCGCCGAGCCUACGACCGAACCGGCCGUGCCCCUUUGGCUGCCCAUGACUCGCCUGGCGCUUCGGGAACGGGAGGGCACAUGCGCAAUGAGCGGCAACGGGGUCCGCUUGACUAUCAAACCCAGUACAACUUUCAAGAGUUUUAUCGCCACCACUAUGGUGAGGCUAUCCGCCGCCGCCGCGUGCAGCAACAGCGGAGGCGGGAGUACUCAGAGCUGCUCAAGGAGGAUCAAACAAGCGCCACCACCACAGCAGUCAUCCUUACUCUAGCCUUUGGCGCUUUUCUCAUGUCACGCGGACUCUAA